GCGGCCCGGGGGGCGGCGCCAGGCCGGGGGCGGCGGGGGGCGAGGCCGGGCCCGGCAGGGCUGCCCCAUGCGCCGCCGCCGCCCCCGACCAUGUUCCCGUCGCGGAGGAGAGCGGCGCCGCUGGCCUGGGAGGACGGCAGGCCCAGGUUGCUCCUCAGUGGCCUCCCUCGGAAGUGCUCCAUCUUCCAGCUCUUCGUGGCCUGCCUUCUCCUGGGCCUCCUCUCGCUGCUCUGGCUCCAGCUCAGCUGCUCCGGGGACGUGGCGCGGGCGUCCAGGGGACCAGAGCAGGAGACCCUGGGGCCCGCCCGGCUCUGUCCUCCAGAGCCGCCCCCUGAACACUGGGAGGAAGACCCGUCCUGGGGGCCCCACCGCCUGGCCGUGCUGGUCCCCUUCAGGGAACGCUUCGAAGAGCUCCAGGUCUUUGUGCCCCACCUGCAUCGCUUCCUGAGCAGGAAGAAGGUCCCGCACCACAUCUACGUGCUCAACCAGGUGGACCACUUCCGGUUCAACCGGGCGGCCCUCAUCAACGUGGGCUUCCUGGAGAGCAGCAACAGCAGCGACUACAUCGCCAUGCACGACGUGGACCUGCUUCCGCUCAACGACCAGCUGGACUACGGCUUCCCCGAGGCCGGCCCCUUCCACGUGGCCGCGCCCGAGCUGCACCCCCUCUACCAUUACCCCACCUACGUGGGCGGCAUCCUGCUGCUGUCCAAGCGCCACUACCAGCUGUGCAACGGGAUGUCCAAUCGCUUCUGGGGCUGGGGCCGUGAGGACGACGAGUUCUACCGGCGCAUUAAAAGAGCUGGGCUUAAGCUCUUUCGACCCACCGGGAUCACCACCGGCUACCAGACCUUUCGCCACCUGCACGACCCAGCCUGGCGCAAGAGGGACCAAAAACGUACUGCAGCUCAGAAGCAGGAGCAGUUUAAGGUGGACCAGGAGGGCGGCCUGAGCACUGUGAAGUACCGCGUGGACUCGCGCACGGCCCUGACAGUGGCCGGCGCCCCGUGCACGGUCCUCAACAUCCUUCUGGACUGUGACAAGGCCUCCACCCCAUGGUGCACAUUCAGUUGAGGUGUCUGGGCCAGAACCUUCUGGAAGCCUGGGCCCUGGGCCCUCCCACACGUGACAAAGAGGCUGCGGUUGCCAUGGAGACCCAAGGGUGUGACUGAUGCCAUCUGUGGGCAGCCGGCCCCACCGGAGCCCUGCAGGCUGGAGUUGCCCUGGGGCCCUCGGUUCUGAGAUGCUGCGCCCUUCUCCCCGAUAGAGACAGGAACUUGGCUUCGCCGUGGAUCUCAGCCCUGGCACCUGGCCGCCAGCCUCGCCCUCUCUCCCCACGGCCAGGGCCAUGGCCAGGCUGGACACUGGCAGACCCGUGCUGGCCCCAUGGGUGCAGAACAGCUGACAGCAUCAGCCCUGCUGCCCCCGUUUGUUCGAGGGGACCGGGGGCUCCCCUGGCCUUGCCCAAUGUUUGGCUUUUCACAGAAACUAGG